GUCUCGAUUUCUCUGUUUAGGGACCCAUAAGUGAUAGCUCUACUAAUUUAAGUGCAAUACAUAAGCAGUUAGUUAUCGCUUAUCACAUAAACAUAUUUUCUCAGUUAGGUUGGAGACAGUCCUAGCGUUGACAUCAAGUUUUGUUAAUUAGUUGUCUUUUUGUGACAUCUCAUCCCAGUUCACAUCAAUGGCUCAUUACGGUAUUCAGGCGGCAGUUACCGCAAAAACUUUGUCCAAACGGUCUCCAAAUACCGAAAAAGCACUCAUCGAGUGGAUCUAUCAGUCCAUCGGUGAACCGUUACCUGAGGGCACAUUUGAAGAGGUGCUCCGCGACGGAGUGGCUCUUUGCAAACUAAUUAACAAAUUGAAACCCGGAUCAGUUGAUAAGAUAGCCACCAGUGGUAGUGGAUAUGUAUUGAUGGAAAACAUCAAUAAGUUUCUGAAAGCCGCUCAGGACUACGGUGUAGCCCACGACCAACUGUUCCGAACCGUCGACUUAUACGAAAAGAAAAACAUCCCCGAAGUGACCGGCGGUAUCAUAGCGUUGGCCAGAAUCGUGUCCAAUAACACCGAUUAUACCGGACCUCAACUCGAGAAAUGGGUUUUCGCUAACAAUUAAACCAAUUUUAUUAAAAUGUUUUAACUAUUAUCUGACAUCCAUUGGAAUCGUUAUACGUUUUUGGCAUCACUUUUAAGUUUUGUUUUUAAUUUAAUUUAUUUUUACUUUUUUCUGAUUU